AUGGCUGACCACUACCAAAAAGAACAAGAUAAGCUCUUGUUCCAUGACUUCCUAGGAUCCAAGACUGAAACUUUAGCUUCCACUUCCAUGGCUGACCACUACCAAAAAGAACAAGAUAAGCUCUUGUUCCAUGACUUCCUAGGAUCCAAGACUGAAACUUUAGCUUCCACUUCCAUGGCUGACCACUUCCAAAAAGAACAAGAUAAGCCGUUGUUCGAUUAUUUCAUCGAGCUUCGAUUCACUAUGAUUUUAAUGUGUAGAAGAAGAUCAUUUGAAAGACAAGGCAGCGGUGGGGGGAAUCAUCUUGAUGGGAGACAACUGCUUGGACCAAGAAGUGAGGUUUCAGGCUCAAUCAUGAGCAAUCGAUUUUCAGGAAACAAGAGAAGUAACUCUGAUUCACAAUUCACGGCUCAAGACCACCCAGAGACUCUGCACUGGUCCAAGAUGCUAAGAAACGGACCUGGAAGCCUCUCCAUGAAUAUGAACCAUAUGGCAAACCAGCCUCCACGAGGAGGAGGUGGACAAAUCAGUCAUUUGCUUCAUCAGCUGUCUUCAAGCAGGUUCAAGGAUGAAAACGUGGUACCAUCAGUUAUCUCCCAGACAGCUGCAGAUGAAGGUUCACGGACAGGGAUGAAAUGUCCAGGUGUCAUGAGUCCUUUUACAAUGCCAAAUCCGAGCAGAUUGGAAUGUUUUACCCCUUCAAGGUGUGAUGUCUCUAGUCUUGUGAUGCUUUGUCCUCAACCAGAUUAG